GGUUAAUCCAAAUGUUUGAAUUUCUGUCUGUGUUUCUCGCUGACUUUUAUUCUAUGAUGUGUUUGCAAACCAUUCAGCGACUUCUUUCAUUCACAUCCAACUAGUCACUGAGCUUUGCAGAUUGUAACACACAACAAACAAACAAAGACUAACACAGAAGCCACCCCCUGUAAUACAGUUUGGUAUUCAGAGUUCGUAGAUUCAUUGAAAAGUUGGGGGUAAACAGACUGCCCGUAAAGCCUGUCGCCAGAGAACCAACGGCCAAACAAAACCUGUGCGGGAAAGUUGGUUAUUUCUGUUGGAAAUUCAUUUCAUUCAUACAAAGUUCACAUUCACCCGUCAAAAUCAACUCUAAACAGUUUAAGACGUACACUUACAGUUAUGAAAACCCUAAAAAAAUUACAUUUCAUUAUUUACAAGUGUAAUUUACUUGAACAUAUUUGUCCAACAAUGCAUGCAUGACGACAUUGCAAAGGUUUGUUGUUCAACAUGUCAACAAUGCUCUGAACGUUUCUACAGUGUAUUUGAUUGACAUGUUUCGGCAAUAAGUAAACUGAUAUGCUUGUUUUCUUAUAAAGAUCAAUUUCUGUUUGUGAAGCGAAACGAAGCCGAACUUUCACUGACCGGCGAUUGCGUGCCCGACACUUCUAAAAAAGUAGACCUGUCGAUAUCUGCUAUUGUUUCAGGCAACCUGCCUGUGGAGAAAUUACCUUCCUCUGUUCCAUUUAACUAACACCUUUGUUGCGUUGAGAAAUAUUUAAAAAAUUGUUUACAAAAUCUCCUAAAAGAAAGAAAAUAGUCAUUGAAGCAGACAAAUUGAAAGCUAUCUGUUACAUGACCACGCGACUCCAAUGCAAGCAUACAACGUCCUGAAAACACACAGAAUAAAUGUUAAUGUAACCGCUGUAUGUGGUCCCCUUCCAUUCAUAGGAACGGCCAAGUCAACUGGAUAUAUUUGCGCUUUAGUAAUCGGCAUUGUGUAAUGGAUAGUGCGAGUGCAUUGUUCAUUAAUCCCGGCUUCUUUUCUUGAUCGUUUUCCACUUGUCCAAACACGGUACUUCUUACCAAUAAGAAUAGUGGUAUUAAGGAGAUUAGGAAAUACUUAUCGCAAGUAUUCGAAUAAUUUUGUAAAAUUAUGUUUUGAAAGGAUAAACGGGUUAAAUAUACAAUGUAUGUAGUAUGGAGCCCAUCUCCUCGUGGCUACUGUUGACAGUAUCUCCGUGCAGUGGGGGUUGGAGGGAGCCAUACUGAAAAUGUUUUAUUUUCUCCCAGAUGAUUUCCAGUGGUGCGAUGUUAAGCCUAUGAAAUAAGAAAGAUGGACGUUCCAUGGAGAAACACCACUAUGUCCCAUAGUUUGGACUUUCUUCACGACAGUGAUAUUGAUUUAGAAAGUUCACUUCCUCUUUAUCUUGAAGAACAACAGAUUCGCAGGAGAGUGAUAUACACGGGGAGAAAAAACAAGUCCACUUCGGACGAAUUCACCGCAGUGCAGGAAUUAAGUACGGACGAAUCAAGUCCAGGGGUAUUGAAAAUAUUUGGCGACAAAAUCCUUCCUGGAGUGGAGUAUAAAAGUGUGCUCGCCUCCAAGAGGUCUACUGCCAGCGAGCUCGUGAAGCAGGCAUUGGAGCGCUAUGGUCUGCCCCCUUCCAAUCACACACAGUUUGUUCUUUGUGAUGUCGUGGGGACGUGUCUCUCCAGCGAAUCUUCCCCAGAGGGCACUGAAAUCAUCAAAAGAAAUACUAGUUCUUCAAAAUGGCGGAGAGUGUGUUCUCGCGUUAUAUCCGAAUACGACCGCCCACUUCUUCUUCAGAACUACUGGAAACCAGGGGAUGGUCACAGCAGAAGAUACGAGCUCCGCAUGAAGUCUGAGUUUUCUACGAUUCCGUCUGAGGACGACACACUUGGAUUAAAUGAGAAUGCUCGACGAAUCUCGAUGUCCAAACUCAGGCGUGGAGCUAUCCCGGCUUCCAUCACGUGGCAUGAACGGAAAAUGGAAAAGUUCGCAGACGAACUUAAUUUAGACGGAACCUUAUCACGAAUCAAAUCACCCUGGAUGGCUAAGAAGAAUGACUGUGAUAAAGUGCUCAAUGGUCUAAAUGUUGAAACCUCUAAUAACCGCUUGAACUGUACAAGCCUGACAAAAAGCCAUCCCAGCAAGUCAGAAGAUACAGACCCAACACAUGCCCCCACUAACCGCCCCUUCUUACUGACUGUAAGAGGAUACAACCCUAAUAAAGACCCCUUGUUCCAUGUGUUUCAUUCUAGGACAACUAACGUGUGCAAUACAAAGAAUAACAGUCCCAACUGUAUCAGGUUAUGUGCCCCUGAUAUUCAGACACGACACUGUCACCUGCAUCUACGGAGGCUGACGUCAUCAGACAACCGGGUUCCGGGUUACAACUACUGCUUGGAGGUGGAGUGUGUGGCUCCGUCAAACAUCAGAGUUAACGGUUAUCCCGUCAGUUUAAGGACUUCUGUCCAAUGUGGGGAUAUAUUAUCAAUAGGGAGAUACUAUGUGUUCGUAUUCAAGGAUCUCACGGCGGGGAUGGAUUUGCCAACUGACAUGCCAUGGCUAGGAAUGGUCGAUUCUAACUGUAAUUUGACCGAAGAUAACCAUUAUCACUCAAAAUAUCCUCAUAAACAAAACAUUGUUCAUGUUCCUCCACUGAUGAUAAACCAGAUAGCAGACGAUUCUGUCUCUGUAUCUACAGCAGAGUCAUCUGGCGAGUCCGUGGGAGAGCGCUUCCGGUUUGCCUAUGCACGCGACAAAGAGGAAGAGGUUGUCAAGGCAAUUGCCGCCGUGAUACGUCAGAAUUCUGUGGACUUUUCAUUGGCUCCAGCCUUUUUAUACAGUAUGUGCGUGGAGUAUGCUUGCCACCAGACGGACCGACACAGCGUCAGGAACCUACUGCUGAGGAUACUUGUCGUUACCAGAGAGAACGUGGCGGAGCUGUCUAAAGCCUUACAAAACAACAAAUUCAAUUGCGGCUUAAUCAAAAGUAAGAAGCACGUGACUCUUGGAGAAGAUUACCUCAGGUCCUUGAUAAGAUGGAUGUCUAACUGUGUACAACUCAUUUUGUACCUGAGGGGACAGUCCUCCAAGGCCCGGGCGGGAGGCAGGGGCAGACUGGACGACGACACACAAGGGGCGUUCCACGAGCUGGCCUCGGGUCUAGAGGAAAUCGUCGUCUUCUGUUUCCAACAGACAGUCUACACUAUCACAAAAGCGUUAUACAUUUUGUUGCCUGCUGUGUUGGACAGUAAUCCGUUCUCAGAGAGUCACGGCACGGAGAAGCGAGGAGGAGUGUGGAAAAUCGCCAUGGUCCUUGACGUCAUAAAUCAAAUGACCAAUGGCCAACAGCUACACACGGAAGUCACAAAACAGUUGUUCAUGUACAUAUUCUUCUUUUGCAGUACGUCUGUUUUCAACAGACUCUUCUUAAAGGAUGCUGGACCGAUUUACUACAACUGGACAGCGGGUGUGAGGAUCCGUGCUAAUCUUGGGGAGCUGGAAGACUGGGCCACAAGUAACGGCUUGGAUGAAGAAUUUGGACAACUCUUUGAGAAACUUCUCACUGCCGCAGAGCUACUGUCAACUUCAAAGUCCUUACUACUGAAGAACGACUGGAUGACCAUGAGGAUAAACUACCAGCCUCUAAAUGAGGCUCAGCUACAUCGCCUACUGCAAGGAUACAACCUUGGGGGAAGGUCGCCGCCAUAUUGCUGGUUACCCCCGCCAGAAGAUCGCCACCAAGCGAUGCAAGAUGAGGAUAUUCUGUUGGAGAUGUCAGGGCACCCGCCAUUUUUGUUUCCCCAAGACUGCGGUGUUAUAGACCUUGCUCACCCACCGGACGACAAAGAGUUCUGGACUCACUUCAAAAAGCUCUACUCUCAAUAUGGCGUGGCCGAAGAUGACAGCGACAUUGCAUCUAACGCUUCUUAUACGCCUCGAUUUACGGGAAGUUUUCCAAAAGUGGAGCUUCAGAAGUCGUUCUUUAGUCAGCCGAUUAUCAAGCCAAGGAACACCGGAAAUAAAGCUUCUCCACGUCGAGUACAAUUUGCGCCUACUAACAUUGAGAGCGACAUGGAAGGCCAUGUAGAUUUAAAGAGUUCUAGCAGCCACCACCAUCAACCUAAUGCUAGUACAUCGAGUGAUUCUGUUUUGGUACGCGGCAGUGUUCUCAGAGCCUCUGGAAGUUCCAACCCAAGAUCCGUGUCCUUGAAUGAUUCGGCUGACAAACGGUUGGAUGAACUAAUUACUAAUGGUCUCACGAACGGCGCACCUGUCCCUGUGAAGGGGGACGUCCAAAAUAUACGGUGUCUGAGUCCUCCCCCGCCGCUCCCUCCCCGCCAGGGCCGAGAACAAACGCACAACGCCACCUCAGACCCGCUGGCCAAGCGAACUGCCGACAACAGCCACGUAUCCAGUACAUCCUCAUGUUCAUCGGAGCAAAACGAGAGUUCUAGAAUACAGAUUAGCUUUAGCGACGAGAUUCAUGCGCCGUCUGAACAUGUUAUUGAAGAUGAUGAUGAUGAUGAAAGUGACGACGAUGAUGAUGAUGGUGGAGGGGAAUACGUCUUCCCAAAAGAGUUGUUGGUGAACCUGAACAAACAGAUACUGGACACUCAACAGAAGCACAGACUGUCCACCCGACAGCAGAACAGUCCCACCUCCCCCCAGGACGAUGUGUUUACCGAAGCCAGUGAUCACUUGGGCGUAUCCCCUCGCUCCACCAGUAACCCAGUGUUUGCUGUCAGUAUAGCCAAAGGGAGCAAUGGAUUAGGGCUGGGGCUUAUCGAUGGGUUGUACACCCCUCUUCGUAUGGCGGGGAUCUAUAUAAGAAAGAUUUUGGCGGGAAGUCCAGCGGAGGAACUGGGACAGAUUUCAGUUGGAGAUCGUUUGCUUUGUGUGAAUGGGAAGAGUAUUGUUGGAGCAGACUACCAAAGUGCUAUGAGACUUAUACGAGCAUCUGGGGAAAAUCUUACUCUACUGAUAGCAAAAGGGAAUGAUGCUAUUGCUGCCAAAGUGUCUUCGACCAGUUGCUGAUGUUCUGACAUUAAUUUUUGUGAUAUACGUACUUUACAUGUUUGUGAUGGAGUUCGCGGGUCUUCCUCGGUGAUAUUUACAGUAUUUUAUAUGACAUAUUCAGGUUAAUUUAGUAUUACCGGUAAUCAGCUACCUCCUAUUAUGUAAAAAUCCAAACACCUCUUUGUUAAAAUUGGUCGGCAUUUACCAGCGACGAUGACUGAAAAGAUCUGAGAAAAUAUUAAAAAGAAAUAUUAUAUAUACAGAAAUAAGAUUUCACCGAAAUCUCGUGAAAAUGCAUGGUAUUGUACAACAAUUCAAUAAAAGAAUGAAAGCAAUUGUAAUAAAAUUGUAGCUCUUCAGAUAAUUUUUUAUUUUGUUUCAU